AUCCCGGGCCCAAAUCCUAGACAAAGCCACAGAAUAUAUCCAGUACAUGCGAAGGAAAAACCACACACACCAGCAAGAUAUCGAUGACCUCAAGCGGCAGAAUGCUCUACUGGAGCAACAAGGGGAAAGCGAGAGCUGAUCAAGUUCUUUGUUCCUGGGGAAUUCACUUCUCUUCCUCCCUCAUGGAAGAUGCAAGUAAAAGGAAAUUCCGUGCACUGGAGAAAGCGAGGUCGAGUGCCCAACUGCAGACCAACUACCCCUCCUCAGACAACAGCCUCUACACCAACGCCAAGGGCAGCACCAUCUCUGCCUUCGAUGGGGGCUCAGACUCCAGCUCGGAGUCGGAGCCUGAAGAGCCCCAGAGCAGGAAGAAACUCCGGAUGGAGGCCAGCUAAGCUGUGUGGGGCAGGCCAGCAAUAAGAACUGUCUCUUCUCCAUCGUCUCCUCCUCUCAGUUCGUCGUUAGAACCCUCUCAGAACCUUAUAAGAGACUCUUUAUUUUUUUCUUUCUUUUUUAAUUUUUAUUUUUUAUGUACAUGCUCUUGGAAAAUAGCUCUUGUUCUCCUUCCCCAUUUUCACUAUUUUUAAAAACAUAUUCCCUUCAGGGAUUCCCUGCCCUCACCAGGGAUUUUUAAACCAAAACACCCCAACUUGGCAGCUUUCUCUGAGGAGGACAGACGGCCGGCCGGACCUCCGAGCACACGGUGCUCUGCCCGCCCACCAUUUCCUCCAGCCCGCCGGGCACGUGCCUGGAGGACCCUGCCCUGUGGCCUCUGCUGGUCCACCUCUCCUUGACAGACUGAAUCUGUGACCUGCUUUACCUCGGGAAGGCGACUGGUUUGGAAUAAUCAGAAUUACCUGCUCUCCUUUGUAAGGAUUUUUUCUAAAAAGCUAUUUAUCGCUCCUGUUAAGAGACCAGGUCCUCGGAGAAGUGUGAGGUACAGGAAAGUGGGGACAGGUUGCAGAGUGUGUGGCAUGUUUCACUCCUGCUGUCUCGGCCACUGUUUAGGCCUGUGGAGCCAGCCGUGCAGAGGGCCAUGCGACCCUUUCGAUGUGGACGAGAGACGGGGCCACCAAGGAGUGGUAGGGGGUGGGAGUAGGGGAGCAUUGGGUGGGUAGGGGUUUUGUAUGGAGGGCCAGUGACGAUGUUUUGAUAUUUAUUUCCUGCUACUGAAAUUUGGAUCUGAGUGAGCAUCCCUGUUUCUGAUGAUGUCAGAAUAGCAAAGUGACAGAUUCAUAAAGUAAUGAUCAAAUCUUCCUUUUCUUUUCAUGUGUAUUUGUAAGAAAUAGAGCCAACUGAUUUUUGUAAUGUAAAUACCAAGAGCAGUUUACCUGGUACUAAACCCACACCCCAGUGUGGCCCUCCCUCUUCUCUCAGCCCGCUUUCUUUCCUCCUGUCCUGGACCCUGUCUCCACUGUGUGAUCCAGCCCUGGCUCUGGCUGCUGUCAGCAGAUCCCAGUGAAGGGGUAUUGUGUGUUUAGGCCUCAUUUCUUUGUCUCUUUCCUACUCUGUUCCUGGCAUUUGCUGAUUUCUAGUGUAUACUCUGUAGUCUCCGUCUGUGUUUGAUUCCAUUCCAUGGAAAUAAAAAGUAUGUUGUACAUACUGCUGAAGAAUUGUCUUGCAAGUU